CCUGAAGCCGGCACGAGGGAGGCUGAGAUCCUGGGGAGGGGGGUGGGGGAGGUUGCACUGCCUUCGCCACCAACAUGCCCUUUGACUUCAGGAGGUUUGACAUCUACAGGAAGGUGCCAAAAGACCUUACGCAGCCAACCUUUACAGGAGCAAUUAUCUCUGUCUGCUGCUGUCUCUUCAUACUGUUUCUCUUCCUGUCUGAGCUUACUGGAUUCAUGGCAACUGAAAUUGUGUGGAAGGGAGGUUGCAUAGGGAAGAGGAAACCUUUGGUCACUGGAGGCGUUAACGAGCUCUAUGUGGAUGACCCGGACAAAGACAGUGGUGGCAAAAUAGAAGUGACUUUGAACAUCAGCUUGCCAAAUCUGCACUGUGAAUUGAUUGGACUGGAUAUUCAAGAUGAAAUGGGAAGACAUGAAGUUGGUCAUAUUGACAACUCAAUGAAAAUUCCUCUGAAUAAUGGGGAUGGAUGCCGGUUUGAGGGCCAUUUCAGCAUCAAUAAGGUUCCAGGUAAUUUUCAUGUAUCAACACACAGCGCCACUGCACAACCACAGAAUCCUGAUAUGACACAUAUCAUCCACAAGCUCUCCUUUGGUGACAAGCUUCAGGUCCAGAAUAUCCAUGGAGCAUUCAAUGCUUUAGAGGGUGCAGACAAGCUCAGCUCAAACCCCCUUGCAUCUCACGAUUAUGUACUGAAGAUUGUCCCAACUGUGUAUGAAGAGAUGAAUGGCAAACAGCGGUACUCAUAUCAGUAUACUGUAGCCAAUAAGGAAUAUGUUGCCUUCAGCCACACAGGGCGCAUCAUUCCAGCCAUCUGGUUUCGUUAUGACCUGAGUCCCAUCACAGUGAAAUACACAGAAAGGCGACAGCCCUUGUACAGGUUUAUCACAACAAUUUGUGCCAUUAUUGGAGGAACGUUUACUGUGGCUGGGAUUCUUGACUCCUGCAUUUUCACCGCAUCUGAAGCCUGGAAAAAGAUCCAACUAGGGAAGAUGCAGUAGCAAAGCAACUCUCAUUGUGGCCCAUGGGAUAGAAGCAAUGAAUGAGAAGCCCACUCUGCUAUCGGUUUCUGCCUUGUGGAUGAGGUUGAAUUGGUACAUCUUUAAUUAGAUCAUGGAAAGUGUUGUUGCAGCAGCAAAAACUGGAAACAAACCUUUGUGUCUGAAAGUUGGCAGCAUUAACAAGUGGACUUGUGGUUCUAUACUUUUUGCUCGGAAAUGGUUGUGGGGAUUAAUUGCCCUUUUGAUUUUAAAACUGAAACCUAUAAAUCUGACUAGCACCAUUAUUUUAGAAGCUUCCAAAGUGCUGAAGGUCUUUCAGUUCAACUGAUUAUGUAAAUCAGGUAUAUAAAUUCUGUAAUUGAUGCAUUGCUUUGUCUUUAUGGCAAAAAUUGUGAGUCUCAAUGAAAAAUAGCCUUGGAUAUCCAGACCCCUAGGUCACAUGAUCUGUUAUGAAAUAUUCUGACAGUGAAUAUAUGCUUGGAUCUUUUUGUUAUUUUCUGAAAAGCUCCCCUUUGCACUUCAUACCUAAUUUUUCCAGCAUAAUUGGAAGAGAGGACAAUCUAUUUCUUUUACUGACGUGGGAUCUGAAAAUAUUGUCACUUCAUUGCAGAAAUUGAAUAUCCAGUCUUAGUGUUUACAGAUAGCAUGAAUUUACAAAAACAAAACAGAAAAAUGUAGAAUAAGUGAUGUAACAACUCUAAAAUGUGGCCUUUUAUAAAGGAGAGUUUAUGUUGCUGCAUUUGUGUUUGCAUCCUCUCCUGUCUCUUGAAACGAAGACUUCCCAGCUGUAAUACCUAAUACUGUAAUGGCCAAUGAGUGAGUGUACAGGAGGAUAAUUCACAGCCCCAUUCACACUGGAGGCGGUUGGCCACACAUCCACCUCACCGCUCCCAAGGAGGUUUUCUGAUGGCAUAGGAAGGCUUGCAAAGUACAACAGCUUCACCACUGCCGAGAAGCCUCAAUGGGUCACAACGGACUAGUGCCAGCUAAAAGGCAGGCUUAAAUCCGGCCUGUGACUUGCCGAAAUAAUGCCAGCAAAGGCUAGUUGACUCUUCCCCGCCUCCGGGUCAUCCUUGCUACUCCAGUGGGAGGGGCACUAGGACGCAGUGUGCCAAUGCUGAGGGGGGUGGCAGGCUGUGUCCGCAUGCCAGUGGGAUCACUUCUCCAUUGGGGUAAGUAUCCCAGGGAGGGCAAAUCUGCUGGUGCACUACUCUCAGGAGUAGAUUCACCCCCUCUUCAGAUGGGGCUCAAAGACACUGUAAUAACAUGGGUGUGGAAGCAUUAGGUUAACAGGCAUAUUGAACAAGUAUGGCAAAUGCAGGAAGGUAACAUUCAGCAUGAAUCCGCGUGGCUCGUAUAUAUGUUCUUGAAGUUUUGGUUCCUCUCUAAAACACUUUUAGAUUGUUGUCUUUUGCCAAACUGAUGUCCCCAAAAUCAAGUGGGUAUAUUCUUUAUUAAUUCAUAGGAUAGAUAGGUACAACACUGUGAAAAAGAAGUCAGGAGUUGAUGCCUUCUUCCUGAUAUUAUAUUUCACUUUUAAGUGUAACAAAUACAUUUUGCAGUACUCCAGUGAGUGGGAAAAGGGCAGAAACACUGCCAAGUCUAAAUUUUAAAAUGCCACUGACAUUAGUUCAUUGGGUUCUAGAAUAAGAGCUGCCAAUUAAUUUUCGUAGACUUCAAAUAGCUUUCUGAUAUAUGACCUAUGUGAUAAACGUUGCAUGCUUUGUACAUUUUAUAUCACCUCAGAUUGCACCCGCACCAGGUCUAAAUUCUCUGUGUGGUGUUGCAGUUCCUAUACCCUGUUCUGGAUAAAGAUGACAGGAGGUUUGUGAAUGAAUCCACCAUCUCCUGGACAGUCUUUGUUCUAGAAUGGUUCGCUUGGUCCAAGUACCUACCUAGUUCUGCCCUAAGGCAGAGUCUCUGGAACCAGCAGAGAAGAGUAGCAGUGGAGAAGAGGAGUGUGCCAGAAAGGGCUGAGUGAGCUCUGGUUUUCUUUUCAGAGGGCUUUUCUCAAAGCCACGUCUUUUAAACAGUGUAUUUUU